UCCAGAGUGCGAACAAUCAAUACGAAACAAAAACAGAGCUGUAGUAAUGUGUCUCUAUCUCUCUCUCUGAAUUGCUUAGACAACCGUGUAUAUGAUUCAUGUAUAGAUCUUUCACUUGAGUUCUUGCGAGUUAGAUAAUUGUAAACUUGUUGAAGGGUGAUAGAUUAUAGAGAAGAUGAGGACCGUGAGGGCCAUUAAUUCCUUAGAGUUCCCAAAUCUCUCUGGAUUCUUGGUUGUGGAAGCUUAUCCCAAAAGGUUUUCUUCCAAAAUCCCCUCUGAUUUGUUUCUGUUCCUGGGACUUGGCUUCAUAGAUUGGUAGCAUUCAUUCCACUCGUACUAUAUAUUGCUAUCGAUAUAGAUUAAGAAAUAUUCAGAUUCUGUUACAGAUAAAGAAAAAUAAAGAUACAUUUAUGUAUCUUUCCCUCAGGAUUUUGUAUUACAAAUACUGGAAUUUAUGAAUCUGAUUCAAAAAGAUUCUUGGGUUACGUUUAGAUGUAGUAUUUGUCUAGCUUUCUCUUGUUCUUCUUGAUUUAGCUUAAUUUUCUUGUUAUUGUUCUUGAUUUGGGAAGGGUUUAUCCAUUUGUUAUCUCUUUGACCUAGGACCUUUAGGUAGUAUAGUUGUGGGAAAAUUAAGGUUAUGAUGAAUAAAUUUAGGGGUUCUGAUGGAGGUUAGGAUUUGUAGCUGAGGUUAACAUGUUGGAGGCGUUUAUAAGGAUGGAUGGUUUGUUAAAAUGGUUUUUGAGAUAAAAUUUAUAGGCCUGCUAUCAGCAAUUGUCUUGGAAAAACCGGUCUCCAGUGCAAUCUGAAAAGGAACAAAUUUCCAAGACCCCCCGGAUUAGUUUGUCAGACGAAAGACACUCGUGUCACAACUUUGUCAAUGGAGAAUCAUCAACCUUCAACCCUCUUGUCAAUGGAUUUAAGUGCCUCAGCAUGUGAGGAACUAGAUCUCAAGAUGAAUCGCCAAGCUGUUUUGACUCGUCCACCAGAUAUCAAUUUACCCCCUCUAGCCGAGCAAACACCCCCUCCACGAUCUUGGAACCCUGAAAAAUGCGAUAUUCUUGAUUCCAGACUAGGUUCUCAGAUUUAUGAGACUGAAAGUUUUCUAAGUGUGCCCAAGGUUGGGAAGAAAUGUGGGAAUAGAAUCGACAGCGUCUGGGGUGCAUGGUUCUUCUUCAACUUCUACUUUAAGCCAGUACUGAAGGAGAAAUCGAAGGCGAAGAUCAUACUUGACGGUAAUGGAAUUUCUGGCUUUGAUAAAUCUAACCUUGAAGUCGAAGUUUUUUUGGUUCAACAUGAUAUGGAGAAUAUCUACAUGUGGGUUUUCAAGGAAAAGCCCAAGAAUGCUCUGGGUAAGAUGCAGCUGCGGAGUUAUAUGAAUGGGCAUUCUCGUGAAGGGGAUCAACCCUUUCCAUUUAGUGUUCAUAAAGGUUUUGUUCGAUCCCAUAGGAUGCAACGUAAGCAUUACAGAGGACUGUCUAACCCUCAAUGUAUUCAUGGCGUUGAGGUUGUUCCUUCGCCCAAUCUCACUGGUCUUGAUGAAGAUGAUCGCAGAAGAUGGGCAGAACUCACAGGAAGGGACCCAAAGUUCACCAUCCCACCUGAAGCAAGCGACUACAGUUCGUGGAGAAAUCUGUCAACAACUGAGUUUGAACUCGAGAGGCCACCUCCUCCAAUAAAGAGUAAUCCACACUCCCACUCAAAGAAGUUGCUUAAUGGAUCUGCACUACAUCUAUCAACUCAGCCAGCCAAGCAUAGUAAUGGGGAUGUGAUUGAUCUAUCACCCGUUGGUAGCAAGAGAAAGAAGGAUUUCGUCUCACUUGGAAACGAAGAUGAUUGUUAUUUGGCAAAAAGUCCACCUUCAGAUCAAAUCUCAGAUAUGGAAAUUCGUUGUAACAAACCACACUGGCUGAAGGAAUUUAGUGGGGUGCUUGGGAAUGUUUAUGGACCAGUUACAGCUGCCAAAACAAUCUAUGAAGAUAAAGAAGGUUUUCUGAUUGUAAUCAGCUUGCCGUUCGUAGAUCUUCAGAGAGUUAAAGUUUCAUGGAGGAACACACUCACUCAUGGAAUCAUCAAGGUGUCUUGUACCAGUAUGUCCCGCACACCGUUUAUCAAGAGACACAACAGGACUUUCAAGCUUACAGAUUCAUCUUCAGAGCACUGCCCUCUUGGAGAAUUUGUUAGAGAAAUCUCACUUUCAACCCGAAUUCCGGAAGAUGCUAAUAUAGAAGCAUACUAUGAUGGGCCACAAACGAUACUCGAGAUUUUGGUGCCAAAACUCCACGAGGGACCAGAAGAACAUGAAGUCCGUGUUUGCCUUCGUCCCAACCACGGGAGCAACAAUCUUACCUUGAACUAGGACUUCUUGGUUGUGGAUAUUGCUUCAUUGUUCUCUAACAUUAUGUCAUACAAUGUUGUGAUUGAUGAAAGAGAAUAUGCAACUGAUAUUAGUUGUGUUAUGUUUUUGAGCACUGAUAUGCAUGGAAAAGAAACAAUCAUAUGCAUUAACAAUUAUGUAGUACUUUGUUACCGGUGAUUAGGUUUGUAAUAUAUGAAUCUUCUAUAUUGUAUCA